CAAUCAGCGGCCGGUGGGCGGCUCCCGGGCCGGGCCGGCCCGUCAAAAGCCGAGCGCCGGCGCCAGUGCGGGCCAGUCUGAUGGGGACCCGGCUGAGAGAGCAGGGCAGCUCGGCUCCGCGCACCCCGGCAUCCCGGCCCCGGCCCCGGCCCCGGGACCCGCGUCCAUGAGAUUCUUCAGACUAACCUUCAAGUGUUUCGUGGAUUGUUUCUGAAGCUGCCGAGCGCCGGCUCCCUGCUCACCGUCUCCUCGCCAGCACAAUGCGCCCAGACUCUCCGCCGCGUCCUUCAGGCAGUCCCUCAGGAUCGAGGAUGACUUGCUUCCAGUCCCGUUCUGGGGGUUCUGAGGCGACUGAUGAAGUCGAUGUGGGACCCGCAGACUCUACCACAGAUGGGUACAGCUGUGCCAGUGUACCUGAAGCUGAGACUGCCGAGCUGGUGGCUGACCCAGAAUCCGGGCACGAAGACAAGUCAGUGCUGACUCCUCUUGUCACCAAUGGUUGUGUCAAAGAUGCGGCAGUGGAACGGGAGACCUGGACCCGGCAGAUGGACUUCAUCAUGUCCUGUGUGGGCUUUGCUGUCGGCCUGGGCAACAUCUGGAGGUUUCCCUACCUGUGCUAUAAGAAUGGAGGUGGAGUUUUCCUCAUUCCGUACCUGCUGAUUGUUUUGGUGGGAGGAAUUCCUGUCUUUUUCUUGGAGAUUGCACUGGGACAGUUCAUGAAGCAAGGUGGUGUUGGCGCCUGGAACAUUGCACCUCUCUUCAAAGGCCUGGGCUUCGCCUCCAUGGUGAUUGUGUUCUUCUGUAACACCUACUACAUCAUGGUGCUGGCAUGGGGACUGUACUAUCUCAUCCACUCCUUCACCAACAACCUGCCCUGGGCCACCUGUGGCAACACAUGGAACACUCCGGAAUGUACCGAGGACUUCCAGCACAGUCAGUGCCACAACACGACCAUCGUCAACUCCACUGCCUUCACCAUCAGCUGCGAGGAGCUGGCAGACAAACGGUCGCCCAUUAUCGAGUUCUGGGAGAGGAGAGUUCUGCGGAUCACGGGUGGAAUCGAUCAACUUGGGACGAUCAACUGGCAGAUGCUACUGUGUGUCCUCGCCACCUGGAUCAUCGUCUACUUCUGUAUCUGGAAAGGCGUGAAGUCAACGGGGAAGGUUGUGUACUUCACUGCCUUAUUUCCUUACCUUGUCCUGGUCAUCCUCCUUGCCCACGGGGUAUCCCUGCCAGGAGCUCUGGACGGCAUCAUUUACUACCUGAAACCGGACUGGUCCAAACUGGGUGAAGCUCAGGUUUGGAUUGAUGCAGGAACCCAGAUCUUUUUCUCAUAUGCGAUUGGAUUAGGAGCACUUACAGCACUAGGCAGCUACAAUCGUUUUAACAACAACUGCUACAGAGAUGCCUACCUCUUGGCACUGAUCAACAGCACCACCAGCUUCUUCUCGGGGUUUGUCGUCUUCUCUGUGCUGGGCUUCAUGGCGUCCGAGCAAGGAGUGGACAUCUCCAAGGUGGCAGAGUCUGGGCCGGGCCUGGCCUUCAUCGCCUACCCCAAGGCAGUGACCCUGAUGCCAGUCGCUCCUCUCUGGGCCGCCCUCUUCUUCUUCAUGCUGUUGGUGCUGGGGCUGGACAGUCAGUUUGUGGGUGUGGAAGGGUUCAUCACCGGUAUCAUGGACCUGUUCCCUGCCUCGAUGGCCGGGAGUGUCCGCAGGGAGGUGGUGGUGGCCGUCUGUUGUCUGAUCUGUUUCGUCAUCGACCUGUCCAUGGUGACUGACGGGGGAAUGUACAUCUUCCAGCUCUUUGAUUACUACUCAGCCAGUGGGAUCACCCUCCUUUGGCAAGCGUUCUGGGAGUGUGUUGUUGUAGCCUGGGUCUACGGUGCGGACCGCUUCAUCAGUGACAUUGCCUGGAUGAUCGGGUACCGUCCCUUACCCUGGAUAAAGUGGUGUUGGCUGUUCAUCACCCCCUGCGUCUGUGUGGGAAUCUUCCUGUUUCACAUUGUGAACUACAAACCUCUGACGUACAACAAGACCUACGUGUACCCCUGGUGGGGAGAGACUGUCGGCUGGAUCCUGGCGCUGGCUUCAAUGGUCUGCAUCCCCGCCACUGUGCUGAUCAAACUGCUCUGCAGCGAAGGGUCUCUGCGAGAGCGCUGGAAGCAGCUGACCACCCCAGUGUGGGGCUCACACCACCUGCAGUACAUGACCAUGGAGACAUCCCUGAAGUACCUGGCUCCUGAGGGAGUGUCCCAGAGCCACAAGGAGAAGGAGACAGCCAUCUAGCAGGGUCAGAGCCUCGGCCCCGAACACUCUGCAGAUCAUCCAACCCGUCCCAUUCACACCCUGCUUCAGCAUCUUACGGUGUUUCGUACAGAAUGUGAGCCUUCAGUUCCAGUAAUGGUUGUGUUUUGUUUGGACGCAUCCUUUGCUUUGUGAAUAUGCAGUGACUAUGGAACCACACCUGUGAACAUCGCCCAGAUGUUGAACCUGCCUGGUUUCGUCCCCUAGAUAAUGAGAUGUAUCCAACUGUCAUAACCAAUCGAGACUCGCCACCUUCUUAUUGGUCGAAAUAGGACAACACAAUGCCGACAUUUACUCCAACCGGAUUGUUUCAGAGGGACGUCAGGAGGGGCUUCAUCUGAUGGCUGGUGUGAGGAACCACGUGGAAGAGAUGGGGGUGAUGCCCAUAGCAGGUUUGGAAGUUUAGGCAGGAGAAUUUUCUUUAGACAGGCCAAGUUCCACCUGGAAUAGGUUGACAGGUUCAGGACAGACUGACUCACUUCCCGAAAGACAGGGAGUAAAUGGCAGACAGCAGGGUUGGUGUUGAGGGAUAAGUAAGAUGACCCUUGAUGUGAUGGCUUGCUUCUGUCAGCUCUCUCUGCCAUGGCAGCCUGUGUUGGGUUGUCUAUUGCUGAAUGUAGGCUCUAGCUCCAUCUCCUCCCUUGGUGGCUGGUUGUCCCAGUGCCGGCUCAGGCUGUGACAGCAGACAUUGCACUGCCGCUGAUUGUCCUCAACCUGGUCAUGGUUCUGCAUCUAAACCACCCCCUUCAUAAGCUCAGAACAUCCCAAAGCACUUGAUGGCUGCAGAGUAGUUUGGAAGUGUAGUCACUGUUGUGAUCACACAGUCAGCAAAGCGACAAUGACCAGAUAAAGUUAAAACAGAAAAUGCUGGAAACACUCAGCAGGUCAGGCAGCGUCUAUGGCAAGAAACGCAGAGGUGAUAUUUCAGGUCGGAGACCCUUCGUCAGAACUGGAAAGGAGGUGAAAGAAGCGUGUGAGUCUGCUGGGAGGGUGGACGAGGGGGGUGUCUGACAGGUGACGGUAAGUCCAGGGUGACCAUUGGCAUGAGCUGCAAACAAGGUCAGUGAGUGAAUGGGAGCAGAUAGGGGGUGAGAACAUGGACAGAGGGAUGUAGGGGUUGUGAAAUGCAGAGCAGGAGGAUUUUCAUGACCAGAUUAUUAUGAGGAAUGAGUUGACAGGACUCUGGGGAGAUCUUCCCUGCCCUUCUUUGUAUAGUGCCAUGGAAUCUGAUAUCUCCACCUGAGAGAAGAGACAGGACCUUCCUUUCACGUGUCAGCCAAGACUUUGUGCUCAGGUCUCUGCAGCUGGGCUUGGACCCCUGGCCUUCCAGCUCAGAGGCAAGAGCACAACCCGGGAGCCAAGGCUGACACCCAACUGUCUUCUCCUUCACCCGAGCAUUGGCUGGCUUUGACGUAAUGUCUUCUGCUGUUGAUGGAUGGGGAGCUGUCAGGGGUUGGUCAGCUCCAAUCUUCCCUGGAGGAGUUCUGCUGCUCCUCACUCUGUCAAAGCUUUGGUCAAAGACAUACAGUGUUGGUGGUCCCUCUGUGUGGACCACAGUACUUGGAGUAUCGCUGAAUGUGCCAAAGUUCCACAAGACUUUCACUGGGAAAAGGGAAGGAGGGUUGGGAAAGAUGGAAAGGUCUGCUACUGACUGGAGAGGGAGUGAGUGCCUCUGUCAGCGACGAUCAGGGCUGUGACACUAUGACCAGAGGUGUUCCACUCCUGCAGGGACCACUUGCUCUUUCCCAUCUUCGCCUGUCUGUGGGUCAUUAAUGGAACAAGAAAAGCUCGCUCUAGCUUACACGAUGCAAUAAAUUUUUGAAAGUUGUG